CUUGGAACAGGGAAUGCCACAGAGUUCUUUUCCUUUCCACCAAUCAAGGCCAUCUACUAGAAAUUGGGAAGAUAUUUCAAUCAAGGAAGAAAUAGCUCUUCUCCUAAGAUGGAAUCUGUGAUUUGGGAAUGUGGUUGAUCAACUUGAUAUGUUGGCCAAAUGUGCCCUAUAUAAUGAAAAGAAGAGACAAGAUGAUGUCAUUUUCCCAUAUUGUGAAACCAAAAACAAAUGCCUUUUGUGAGACCAAGCUAACAAACCUCUGACAGAGCAAAGAGUGUUUAAAUGUUUGAAGAACUUAACAGUAAGAUACCGAAGAAGUGCUUUCAAACUGAGACCUGAAGGUGUAUAUUAUUCUAAAAUAUGUAUUGAGUAGGCCUGGUCAUCCAAAUCUCAUUCUGAUCCAGGAAGAAUGGCUAUGAGUUGGAUCAUCUUCUAUCUUUGGCUCUUGACCAUGUUUGUGGGGCAUAUAGGUGGGCACAGUUUGUUUUCGUGUGAACCUAUUACCUUGAGGAUGUGUCAAGAUUUGCCUUAUAAUACUACCUUCAUGCCUAAUCUUCUAAAUCAUUACGACCAACAGACAGCAGCUUUAGCAAUGGAGCCAUUCCAUCCCAUGGUGAAUCUGGAUUGCUCCCGGGAUUUCCGGCCAUUUCUUUGUGCACUCUAUGCUCCUAUUUGUAUGGAAUAUGGACGCGUCACACUUCCCUGCCGCAGGCUGUGUCAGCGGGCCUACAGCGAGUGCUCAAAGCUCAUGGAGAUGUUUGGUGUCCCUUGGCCUGAAGAUAUGGAAUGCAGUAGGUUUCCAGAUUGCGACGAGCCAUAUCCUCGACUCGUGGAUCUGAAUUUAGUUGGAGAUCCCACUGAAGGAGCCCCAGUAGCAGUGCAGAGGGACUAUGGUUUUUGGUGUCCCCGAGAGUUGAAAAUCGACCCUGAUCUUGGUUAUUCUUUUUUGCACGUGCGGGAUUGUUCACCGCCUUGUCCAAAUAUGUACUUCAGGAGAGAAGAACUGUCGUUUGCACGCUACUUCAUAGGAUUGAUUUCAAUCAUUUGCCUCUCUGCCACCUUGUUUACUUUUUUAACAUUUUUGAUUGACGUCACAAGAUUCCGUUAUCCUGAAAGGCCUAUUAUAUUUUAUGCCGUCUGCUAUAUGAUGGUAUCAUUAAUUUUCUUCAUUGGGUUUUUGCUUGAGGAUCGAGUAGCCUGCAAUGCAUCUAUCCCUGCCCAGUAUAAGGCUUCCACAGUGACACAAGGAUCUCAUAAUAAAGCCUGUACCAUGCUUUUCAUGGUACUCUAUUUUUUCACUAUGGCUGGCAGUGUAUGGUGGGUAAUUCUUACCAUCACAUGGUUUUUAGCAGCUGUGCCAAAGUGGGGUAGUGAAGCAAUUGAGAAGAAAGCAUUGCUGUUUCACGCCAGUGCAUGGGGCAUUCCUGGAACACUGACUAUCAUCCUUUUAGCGAUGAAUAAAAUUGAAGGUGACAAUAUUAGUGGCGUGUGUUUUGUUGGCCUCUACGAUGUUGAUGCAUUAAGAUACUUUGUUCUUGCUCCCCUCUGCCUGUAUGUGGUAGUUGGGGUUUCUCUCCUCUUAGCCGGCAUUAUUUCCCUAAACAGGGUACGGAUUGAGAUUCCCUUAGAAAAGGAGAACCAAGAUAAAUUAGUGAAGUUUAUGAUCCGGAUUGGUGUUUUCAGCAUUCUUUAUCUCGUGCCACUCUUGGUUGUAAUUGGAUGCUACUUUUAUGAGCAAGCUUACCGUGGCAUCUGGGAAACAACUUGGAUACAAGAACGCUGCAGAGAAUAUCACAUUCCAUGUCCAUAUCAGGUUACUCAGAUGAGUCGUCCGGACCUGAUUCUCUUUCUGAUGAAAUACCUGAUGGCUCUGAUCGUUGGCAUCCCCUCUAUUUUUUGGGUUGGAAGCAAAAAGACUUGCUUUGAAUGGGCAAGUUUUUUUCAUGGCCGUAGGAAAAAAGAGAUGGUCAAUGAGAGCCGACAGGUGCUACAGGAACCUGACUUUGCCCAGUCACUCCUGAGGGACCCAAACACACCUAUUAUAAGAAAAUCAAGGGGAACUUCAACUCAAGGAACUUCCACACAUGCUUCCUCAACUCAGCUGGCUAUGGUGGACGAUCAAAGAAGUAAAGCAGGGAGUGUCCAUAGCAAAGUGAGCAGCUACCAUGGAAGCCUACACAGGUCACGUGAUGGCAGGUACACGCCCUGCAGUUACCGAGGAAUGGAAGAGAGACUACCUCAUGGCAGCAUGUCACGACUGACCGACCACUCCAGGCACAGCAGCUCCCACCGGCUCAACGAGCAGUCACGACAUGGCAGCACCAGAGAUCUCAGUAACAAUCCCAUGACCCACAUCACCCACGGCACCAGCAUGAAUCGUGUCAUCGAGGAGGAUGGAACUAGCGCUUAAUUUGUCUCGUCCAAGAUGAAACGUGUGCUGUUAAAAGCAGGUUUAUUCUUUGCCUUCGCAUGACUGAUUGCUGUAACUCACCCUGCUUUCAGUUGAGUGCAGGGAGUCCAUUGAGAAGGUAGAUUAUUGCUUUUUGUAUUGUGUCCAACUUGGAACACCCACAAAGGCAUCUAAAACACUAAGAGUUAUAGCAUUUCAAAAAUAAUUCUUUCUAGGUUGUGAAGAGAUAAUUAUUUGUCUGGUGAGCAUUUUUAUAAGUCCACUUAUUUUCUAUUUAGAAAAAUCCUAUAUGUGUGGUGACUGCUUUGUAGUGACUUUGAUAUAAUAAUAUGAACUAGUUGUGAGAUAGCAUUCUGGUAGCUCUGUUACUAAAACAAAGUUUCAGAAUUAAAGAAAUUUUCUAUGCAAGGCUUAUUUCUCAGAUGAAUAGUAAGACUUUGUAGUUUUAUUUCCACUACAUGAGAAAAAGAACUGUUUUUUCAACUGUAGGAGACUUUGAUAAAUCAGCAAGGGUAUUUUAGCUAAUAAGAUACAAAUGCAACUGAAGAGCCUGAUGAGUCUGUGGGAGGAUCUCUCAAAAUUCUAUCCACAUAGUCCUCAGCCAGAGAUAUUCAGGAUUUUGAUUAAGCAAUGGAAGAAAAGCAGAGAUGGCCAUUUUCCCCCUGUAGUUGGUAUUGUUUUUAGUACUUUUGUAAAUAUUACUUUUACUGGCUGUGUUUUUAUACUAUCCAUAUGCAUGAUGGAAAAAUCUUAAUUGGUAGCCAUCUUUUCCCAAGUAACAGUAUUGAUUCAUAGAGAAUUUCUUCUUCAGAUCUGCUCCAUGGAGGCAUGUAUUAAGAUAAGCAUCACACAUUGUAAGGUCUUUUGUGGUAACCACAGUUACAAAAUGGUGAACUAUUUUCUCCGUAUUCAUGUUGUGAGAUGUGGCAUUGCCAAACCCACCAGACCUUGGUAUGCAGGUGAGCUGACUGUGUGUACGCCCAUUGCCCAGGAGCCAUGUAGCUACAGCUAGCUGCAGUUAGAUACAGCUUUCACCCCAUACUGAACAUAGUUUCUGGAUCAUUGUGGUUGACAGCUGACUAUAUAUACUUUUAAGUCCAAAGUGGUGAUUAAAUUGGGUAUUUGAGAUCAUUGUAGCUAAAUGGAGCAUGAUUAGUCUUGCUAAGAAUAUGUUUUAAUCUUAAAAAUAUCAAAAAGUCAAAAAUAUUUAACAUUUUAUCUUUACAUUUAAGUAAUUUACAGUAUGAACUGUGAAUUUUAUUAGGCAUGAAAUUGAUCAGGAGAGAAAGAAAUUUUCUGGAAAAUGCUGAUGUGUCACAUAGCAAACACAAGUGAUCCUCACCGUGAGUGCAGAUAAGAAUCACUUGGGGAAGUUGUGAUACCCAGCAUCCUCCUUCCUAUCAGAUGAGAAAUGCUA